CCCGUAAGUCAUACGUGGACUGGGCCCAAACUGGGAUUGGAACUUGGGAUUUGGGCUUUAUCGCGUUACAGCGAGGAGAGGAGAAAAACGCUGAGAUUAUUUCUCCGCGAAUCCGAAGUGUGGAGUGCAGAGGAAAGUCGAUUGUUCGUCCUUUCUCCGGUGUGAUCGGCGUCGUGAUCUUUUCGUUUGAAGAAGAAAUGUCGGGUAUGUACAGAGGUGUUUCAAGGAAAGAGAAACCCAGACGUCACCAUGGAUUGACACAGCAGAAGAAGCAAGAGAUCAGAGAAGCUUUCGAGCUAUUCGAUACAGAUGGAUCUGGCACUAUCGAUGCUAAAGAACUUAACGUUGCUAUGAGGGCUCUCGGUUUUGAAAUGACCGAAGAGCAAAUCAACAAAAUGAUAGCUGAUGUCGACAAGGACGGAAGUGGAGCUAUAGAUUAUGAUGAGUUUGAACAUAUGAUGACUGCAAAGAUUGGUGAAAGGGACACAAAGGAAGAGCUGUCCAAGGCGUUCCAGAUCAUUGAUCUGGACAAGAAUGGGAAGAUAUCUGCUGACGAUAUCAAACGCAUAGGAAAGGAAUUAGGCGAAAAAUUCACAGAUGCUGAGAUCCGGGAGAUGAUCGAAGAAGCUGAUCGUGACCAUGAUGGAGAGGUGAACAUGGACGAGUUCGUAAGGAUGAUGAAGAGAACUGCGUACGGGUUCUAAGAGCGAUACCAUGUUGUAAUAAUACGUACAUCCUACUGUUCAAGAUACAUGCUCUUACACUAUGUAUGCAAGCACUCGCUAUCUUCAUGAUUA